AUGCCACCUAUCCUGGGCUCGGGAGCCGACCCUUAUGAGGAGUCGAAGGAGGUCAACAACACGCCACCUGUCCCGAACUCGGAGGCCGACCCCUCUGACCCCGAGGUCAUGGAAAUCGACACAAAUCCAGUAGAGGGACCCGACCCCCCACCUGACUGGAGAGCCCCGUACCUCGAUUACCUCAUCUUGCUCCCGACGGACAAGAUAGAGGCGCGAAGGAUCGCCCGCCGCGCCAAAUCCUUCAUCAUCAUCAACCAGGAGCUCUACAAGCGAAGCCAUACCGGCAUCCUGCAACGAUGCAUCCCGAUCGACCAAGGAAAGGUGCUACUCCAGGAUAUCCAUGCCGGAGCCUGUGGCCACCACACCCCACCAAGAAUCCUCGUCAGGAACGCCUUCCGACAAGGCUUCUACUACUUGACGGCGGUUGCCGAUGCCGCCCGCGUGGUGCGCACCUGCGAAGGGUGCUAA